AUGUUUUCCCUACUAACAACAGAUGAAACCAGUUCAAAUAAUAAACAUAGACUACGAAGAGGACUCAGUCAAAUGCGAAAUGAAAAUAGAGGAAAGGUGGAUAAUAUUCAAACUGAUGAAAGUGAUUCCAGUAUUAAAUUACCACGUAGUUCAAAAAAUGAUGAAAAAAUUGAUGAUCAUCAAUAUGUGACAAAAGCUGAUUUGAAAUCAUUUGCUGCCGACCUUAUUUCACAAUUUAAUGAGAGUCAAGUUUCCAAAAAACAAAAAAUGUCCCACAAAGAUCAGGACUCACCUGAUGAUUUAAAAAUUUCAUCAAAAUCAUCAUCUCACAAAAAAGAAAAUAAUAAUAAUAAUAAUAAUAAUAAUAAUAAUAAUAAUAAUAAUAAUAAUAAUAAUAAUAAUAAUAAUAAUAAUAAUAAUAAUAAUAAUAAUAAUAAUAAUAAUAAUAAUAAUAAUAAUAAUAAUAAUAAUAAUAAUAAUAAUAAUAAUAAUAAUAAUAAUAAUAAUAAUAAUAAUAAUAAUAAUAAUAAUAAUAAUAAUAAUAAUAAUAAUAAUAAUAAUAAU